GCCGGGGCCGGGGCCGGGGCCGGGGCCGUCGCGGGCGGGUGAGGCGCGGCGCGCACCGCGCUGACGGGAGCCGCCAUCGCCUGCCCCAAUUGGCCGCGUGAGGCGAGCGGCGGAGCGGGGAGGGCGAGGGACGGGACGGGACCGGGACCGGGACCGGGCGGGGGGCGUGUGACGGCACAGAGCGAGGGGCGCGGCGGCAUGGCCUCGGGCGGCCCAACGGCCGGCGGCGGAACGGCCGCGGAGGGCUCGGCCGGCGGCGGGUGCGGCGGAGGCGGCGGCGGUGGCGGUGCGGCCGCGCCGGAGCGGGAGCCGGAGCCGGAGCCGGAGCCGGAGCCGGAGCCGGAGCGCUUGGAGGAGGAGGAGGAGGAGGAGGAGGAGGAGGAGGAGGAGAAGUUGCUGCGGCUGGCAGCAAGAUGAAGAGGCGGCGCCACCGUUGGGGCGCCGCGAGGGCCCCCUACCCCCGGUUUAGGCAGUGGAUGAGAGAGAAGACUUCGCCUGUGAGACAGCAAGCAGAACAAUGUGGAAGGUCUUCUGGCUUAGUCGUUGUUCCCGUAUGUGUGAGCGGUGUGAAAUGUGAAACUACGAGAAAUGUGACCAGCUACAACUUCGGUACUGCCGCAUCCAAUGGUCUGUCCUCAGGAAUGAGUAGUGGAGGCGGCAAAAUGAGAAGGGAAAGAGGAUUACACUAUUUAUCCAGAUGUGUACAAGAAAAGUGGAUGAGAGAGAAGACUUCGCCUGUGAAACAGCAAGCAGAACAAUGUGGAAGGUCUUCUGGCUUAGUCGUUGUUCCCGUAUGUGUGAGCGGUGUGAAAUGUGAAACUACGAGAAAUGUGACCAGCUACAACUUCGGUACUGCCGCAUCCAAUGGUCUGUCCUCAGGAAUGAGUAGUGGAGGCGGCGAAAUGAGAAGGGAAAGAGGAUUACACUAUUUAUCCAGAUGUGUACAAGAACAGUGGAUGAGAGAGAAGACUUCGCCUGUGAAACAGCAAGCAGAACAAUGUGGAAGCUACAGAAAUGUGAGCGGUGUGAAAUGUGAAACUACGAGAAAUGUGACCAGCUACAACUUCGGUACUGCCGCAUCCAAUGGUCUGUCCUCAGGAAUGAGUAGUGGAGGCGGCAAAAUGAGAAGGGAAAGAGGAUUACACUAUUUAUCCAGAUGUGUACAAGAAAAGGUAAGUGACUCUUAAAUUAAUUGCUGUGACUGAGAUUGCUGAAGUCAGUAGCUAAGUGUGUCAGUUUUAUUGCAUCAUAGUACAUUAUAAUAA